AUGAGCCCAAAAGAGAAGCCACCACCAAGCGUGGACGAGGAGAAAGAAGAACCUAAAGGUACUCAUGAGAAACUCGUUUUCACAACUCCGACACAAUCCCCAGCUGCUUCUCUCGACAUAGCUGAGACUGAGACACAAGAGAAUGAAGAGACGGCGAGCAAGAAGAGGCCUCAGGAAGAAGGAAGCCCAUCAGGAGACGUCAACACCAAACGGGUCAAAGCAGAAGAGAACACAAACUCGCGGUUCCAGUGGAGUGAGGAGGACGAAAUCGUUUUGCUGCAAGAGAUAAAAACCUUUGGGUCUGAUCCCUUGAAGUCAAGGAGUAUCUUUUACGAUUUGGUGGAGUCCAAGAUCAGCUUCCAGUUUACCUUGGAUAAACUGAAACAGAAAUUCAGAGAGAAGGAGAAGCAAAAAAAGAAGAUUUUCCACACACCUCACAAUAAGAUGCGUUAUGAAAUGGCUAAAGAGAUUUGGGGGUCUAUUUUGGAAGAAGAAGAAGAAAAGAAGAAGAAUCUGGCGAUAAAGACUAACGGAGGUGAAGAUUGGUUUGAGAAAUCAUUUCUUCUUGGUUCUUGUGCUAGCUUUGGUUUGGGAGAAAAAGGAGUGAAAGAAGGGUGGAGUUUGGUCUCGGCGGAGAGGAAGGACAAGAUACAAGAGGAGUUGAGACUCUCUGUUGCUGAAGAAAUAAGGUCAAUGAAGCGCAAGUCUAGCCUUGUGAGUGAAGUCUUAUUGCAAUUGCUGAAGCUACAAGUUAGGGUUUUUCUAGACCUUAUCGGUUUCCGGUUAGCCCCGGAAGGAACGCACCAAGGUGCUACAAAGUGGACUCAUCCUAAGAACUACCACACCGCCUAUUCCGAGUUUGGAGUGCCUUCCGACUAA